AUGGCUCCAUACGGUCAGGUUGUUAUUGGUCCUCCAGGUGCAGGCAAAUCUACCUAUUGUCUUGGAAUGAAUCACUUCCUCAACGCUAUUGGUAGGCACUCUGUGAUUGUGAACUUAGAUCCCGCUAAUGAUCGUCUACCUUACGAUGUAUCUGUCGAUAUCAGAGAUUUUAUUACAUUGGAAGAAAUUAUGGACGACGAAAAUUUGAAACUUGGACCCAACGGUGGUCUCAUGUAUUGUAUGGAAGUGUUUGAAAAGAGUAUUGACUACUUCAUCAAGAAGAUUCGUUCUCUUACUAAAAUUAGUGUCGAUGGCGAUUCGGCUUACAUUCUCUUUGACUGUCCUGGACAAACAGAAUUGUACACCAAUAAUCCAGUUUUCUCCAGGAUCUUACGGAAGCUUGUUAAAGACUUGGACUUUCGAUUAUGCAUCGUUUCCUUGGUCGACUCUAUUAAUCUUACGGUACCUUCACAAUGGAUUUCAUCUUUACUACUUACACUUCGAUCAAUGCUUCAACUGGAUUUACCCCAAGUAAAUGUGGUUUCAAAGAUCGAUCUCAUCAAAAACUACGUCGAUAGCGAUAAACUGGAUAAGAUAGAAAAGAAAAAACACAUGCAAAUCGAUCAAGAUGUCAGCGAUGAAUAUGUUCAAGGAGGUCUUCCUUUCAAGUUGCAGUAUUAUACAGAAGUUCAGGAUCUUGAAAAGCUCAUACCCUAUAUGAAGCACGAAAACAACCAAUUACAUCACGCCUACUUCAAUCAGAAGUAUGAGAAACUAUCUGAAGCUAUCGCCGAUCUUGUCGAGGACUUCGGCUUGCUUCAAUUCACCGUACUCGCCAUAGAGGAUAAAAUGUCGAUGAUUAGUCUAUUAUCAUUGAUAGACAAAGCUAACGGUUAUUGCUUCGGUACAAAUGAAAUCGGCGGAGACUCUGUGUGGACAGAUCUACUUCGUCAAUCUUCUAUGGGCUUUUCAGACGACAUUGAUAUACAAGAAAGAUGGAUAGAUGACAAAGAAACAUACGAUAAGGAAGCAGAAGAAAACAUGCAACAAGCAAUGGCAAACAAAGACAGAGGUAAUGCAGAAAAUUAG